CCGAUCGCGAAGGUGCAAACAAAGCCUACCGGAAGACUCGCCGUACACAAGCUGGGUGCGCAUACUGUUAUUGAUUUAGAAGAAAUAUAGUUUUUAUUUGCCUUUUUAUUAAUCAAAUAUGGCAUAUGAUUAUUCUGAUGGCCUACCUGGUGAUUCAUUAAGGCGAUAUAAUCAGAAAUUAGCAGUGAUUGGACUGGAUUCAUCAAAUUGCCCUUACAAGCACCCAGCUGACUCUUGGCGGAACGACCCGUCCGACUGGCCAGACGUUGAGUAUCCAGACGUGUACAAUUAUCUUGUACACACACCAGGCAUUUUCACACAGCAAGCCAUGAUGAACUAUCGCUCUCUGGAGGCACAUCGUUUCUUUACAUCAGGAUGGGUGCAGACCAUUUUCCACAAGAAGGUUGGACAUCACAUGCUCCUUAAAGCAGAUGUCAAGCCGUCGUGGAGGGUGACUGAAAGUCCUCACCAUCCAUGGAUUGCAACAACCGUGGAUGGAGUCGUUGUUGCAGCACACUGCGACUGUAUGGCUGGGCUUGGAGAGAGCUGCUCCCACAUAGCAGCUCUUCUCUUUAAGAUGGAAGCUGCAGUGCGCAUGGGGUACACGUCUACAGCCUGUACUGAAGACCUGUGCAAGUGGAAUUCAUGCUUUGUCGACAACAUCCAGCCAUGUCCAGUCGCCAGUAUUGAGUUUUACAGUGAGGGGGCCAAGGAGAGGCACAGAACACCGCAUAAACGCAAGAGAAAGGAGUCUGGUCCAGCAACCCCAGAAGAACAGAGCACACUUUUGGGGAUGUUGGCUGGUUGCACAGAGCCGACCAAGGUUAUUGGACUGUCUGCUUUCAGCCAGUACGCACCCAACUUCAUCCCAUCUGCCACUGCACCUGAGAACCCAUCACUACCACCUACACUCCGUAAACUCUAUGAUGCCAACAACAUUUCACUCAGCGCCCAAGAUAUGUCUUCACUCUGUGACCGCACCUUUUCUUCACUCUCCAUCACUGACGCACAGCUUGAGCUCAUCGACCAGUCUACACAAGCACAGUCAUCAUCACUCAUCUGGCAUGAUCAACGAGCAGGUCGCAUCACUGGAUCCACCGCACACCAAGCACUCCGCACUUCACUCGUCAACCCGGCACCAUCACUCAUCAAGAAGAUCUGCAUUCCACAUCCAGAACCCAUCAACGCACCGGCACUGAUUUGGGGGAGGGAGCACGAGUUGCGUGCCAUUCAGACAUACACCACUCUUUUUGAAGAGGAUCACUUUGAUGACAUGGUGACUCGGGCUGGAUUCAUCAUCUUCAAGGAUCAUCCAUUUCUUGGGGCCUCACCAGAUGGAAAAGUAUCCUGCACUUGCUGUGGAAAGGGCAUUGUGGAGGUGAAAUGUCCGUAUCGCCAUCGCAUGCAGACUGUGCAGGAAGCUUUAGCAGACAAGGAUUUCUGCCUAGAUGCCGAGCUUACUCUAAAAAAGUCCCAUUCGUACUAUACCCAAAUUCAGCUCCAAAUUGCAGCCUGCAAUGUAGAGUACUGCGAUUUUGUGGUGUGGACACCACGGUCAAUUCAUGUGGAUCGGGUAGCAAAAGAUAAUGAUUUCAUCGACGCCAUGGUCCAGAGGCUGACAACACUCUGGAAGACAGCCAUCCUUCCAGAACUCCUGACUCGACGUUUGGAGAAAGACACUACCCCCCCCCCACCGGUGCCUUCAUCUGAGGACAAGUUAUACUGUGUGUGUCGCAGCGCAGACGGCACAGGAGAGAUGGUGAGCUGCGACCGAUGUGAUGAGUGGUUUCAUCCAAAGUGUCUGAAACUCACGAGGCUUCCGAGAUCAAAGACAUGGUAUUGCCCACCUUGCCGAAAAAUUAGAAAGUAGCCAAAGAACAACAAAACAGUUUAUAUUUAUGAUAUGAACAUUACUUGCCUUUUUAAUAUUCAUUAAGAGAACAUUUCCAUCAACUCUGCCAGUAUUUUGCAAUAAAUGUCAUAACAGUAUUUCAUAUUUGUAUCUUUGUUAUGUUACAUGAAGAUAUUUUGAUUUUUUUUUUAAACACGAUAACAUUGUCUUUAUUUUUGUUCAUAUUUAUGUGCCUAGACUUUGUUUUUGAUUGUGAUUCAGUCUUUCUUUUGCCUCUUGUAUUUGACUAGAUUAUAAAAUGAACAACAAAAUAGUAUGUUAUAUUUAUGACAAGAACAUUACUUACCUUUUUAAUAUUCAUUAAGAGAACAUUUCCAUCAACUCUGCCAGUAUUUUGCAAUAAAUGUCAUAACAGUAUUUCAUAUUUGUAUCUUUGUUAUGUUACAUGAAGAUAUUUUGAUUUUUUUUGAAAACGAUAAUAUUGUCUUUAUUUUUGUUCAUAUUUAUGUGCCUAGACUUUGUUUUUGAUUGUGAUUCAGUCUUUCUUUUGCCUCUUGUAUUUGACUAGAUUAUAAAAUGAACAACAAAAUAGUAUGUUAUAUUUAUGACAAGAACAUUACUUACCUUUUUAAUAUUCAUUAAGAGAACAUUUCCAUCAACUCUGCCAGUAUUUUGCAAUAAAUGUCAUAACAGUAUUUCAUAUUUGUAUCUUUGUUAUGUUACAUGAAGAUAUUUUGCUUUUUUUCAACACGAUAACAUUGUCCAAUUCUUAAGAUGUACACAACAAUUUUAACCUGUCUUUAUUUUGCAGUUCUUUAUGUGCCUAUAUUUUGCCUUCAGUUGUGCUUAAAAGUCUUUCUUUACCAUGUGUAAUUGACUGAUAUAAUAACAAAUGUUACUUGUUAAACC